AUGUCGGACGACGGGGGAGCAGCUGCCUGGGCGAACGUCCCCGGCAGCGACUACGAACAUCACAAUCCUGGUUCGCCGCACUCUCCUACUCGGUAUCCUUAUGGUGGCUCGCUGUCUGAAGCUCACCACCGGUCGCUGUCUCGGGACUCCUUAACAGCCGAAGGGUCGUCCAGCAGUAUCCCAUUACCACCGACCAAACCGACGUCGCCUGCCCCGAGGUCGAGCUCUGAAUCGCAUGGCUGGUCGUCAACGACGAAGUGGAGGGAGAGCGCGCAGGUUACGCUCGAAAGGCGAGAUACCUACUCGACCCUGCCUACCGAAGCAGCACCAAGCAUUGUCGAGCCGAACUUUGAUGAGAAUAUCCUUAGAGCGCUGUGCGACUUAGAUUGUUCAGUGCCGUUGCUAUUAGACCGAAUAAAGCAAAGCAUGGUGUCAUGUAAAGAAGCGGCCACAUUUCUGCGGAAGCGAGCGGCCAUAGAGGAAGAGUAUGGGAGGAAUAUGCAGAAACUAGCAAGAACAUCCUCUGACGUGUAUGCAACUGCUGAUGCAAAGGCGGGGUCAUUCGUCCAUGCAUGGCAAAUGUCCAUGAAGAUUCAUGAAGUUCUGGCUGAAAAUAGACUUAAGUUUGCGCAGCGGCUGAACGAAAUGAGCGAAGAACUGCUGAAUCUAAUAAAGGAAGUGGACAAGAACCGGAAACAGACCAAAGACUUGGCCAGUAGAUACGAGCGUGCCCUGCAAGACUCAGAGUCGAUAACUGAGAAGAGCAAGAGCCGCUUCGACAUGACCGCGGAAGAAUUAGAGAGGCUUCUCUUGCAAAAGGAGGGUGAGUCUUUCAAGGAGAACGCCGUCCAACUGCGAUCGCCGGGCGGUGGAGGAAAACGCGUGAUCGGCAAGGUAGCUGCAAAGGGUGGCUUGCUGCUGAAAGGCAAGAACCCAGGAAACUUGGCACGGCAAGAAGACGAUGUCCGGGCGCGGAUGUCACAAGCCUCCGACACUUACCGCAAAGCCGUCACGGAGACCCAGACUAUCCGCCAAGAAUACUUCAACUUCCAACUGCCCAGGAUAUUGCGAGCUUUGAAAGAAUGCAACGACGAAAUAGACCUAGGGACGCAGUAUCACUUGUCACGAUACGCCUUCAUAUUCGAGACGGUGGUGCUUGGGGAUGGGACUACCCUGUCGCCCAUUGGUAUCGAAGAUGGUCCAGGACUGAAAGGGACCAUCGAGACCAUUGACAAUCGCUCCGAUUUCAAGGUGUACAUGCAAAACUAUGCGUACGCACACGGAGGAGCGAACUAUCGCGGUCCCCGGCGAGAAGGACCUGCCGAGCAGGGCUUCGUGCCCCCGCUAUUGAAUCUAGGUGACCGCUCAAACCAACAGCAACAGCUCCAGUCCGGGUACACGAGCGGCAGCUCCCCCGGCGCGUCGACCUCGGCGGUGCACGACCGGGGCCGGCCGACGUUUGGCGUGGACCUCGCGGAGCAGAUGGCGCGAGACAACGUCGAGGUUCCACCGAUCAUGGAGAAAUGCUGCGAGGCGAUCGAGAAGUACGGGCUGCGCUCGCAGGGGAUCUACAGGAUCAGUGGGACGGUGACGAAAGUGAACAGGCUAAAGGAAAAGCUGGAUAAAGAUUUGGAUUCGGUCAAUUUGGAUGCGGAGGAGUGGUCCUCGGAUAUCAAUAAUGUGACGAGCGUGCUGAAGCUGUGGCUGCGAGAGCUGCCGGAUCCGCUGUUCACGCAGGAGUUGCAUCAAGGGUUCAUUGAUGCCGCUAAAAUCGAGAAUGACAGGUUGAGGCAUAUCCGGCUGCACGAGCGCGUGAACGACCUACCCGACGCGAACUAUGCGACACUGAAAUAUCUCAUGGGGCAUUUGCACAGGAUAGUGGAGUACGAGACGGUUAACCAGAUGUCGGUGUCGAACCUGGCGAUCGUGUUCGGGCCGACGCUGUUUGGGCAGAACGCCAGUGGCCAGAUGGCGGAUGCGUCGUGGCAGAACAAGGCUAUUGAGACCAUAUUGGAGCACUAUGCGGACAUAUUUGUGGACGAGGCGGACGGCGCGUAAUUUAUCAAUCAACGUCUGGUAACCUGUUCUUUAUGUAUCAGUUCCGGUUCCGGUAUACCCGAAGACACACUCCCCCCCUUCCCUGACUCAAUCACAGCUAAGUUCUACUUUACGGGCGUUUCCUCACACUGUGGACUGUACCGGUAUUUUCUACGAUAGAUCAAAAGUGACCUCUCGAUGGGGUGCACUAGUUAGUUUAUUUAGUUAGGUCAUCGCUUACGCGUCGCACUGGGUUCUGAAUGUAUUUACGGAGGAAACGGAAUGAC